UCAGAUAUGGUCACCAAUACCGAGAGUAGACAAAAGUUUGUCAAAAGUGUGGUCACAUUUCUGGAUAAAUACAAUUUCGAUGGCCUCGACUUGGACUGGGAGUACCCGGGCAACAGAGGGGGCGCCGUCAGUGAUAUCGAUAAUUACGUGAAACUACUCGAGGAGUUAAAGGAGGCGUUUAAACCGCACGGAUUUCUGCUAACGGCUGCCGUCUCCCCGGGCCAGGGAACCAUCGAUAGGGCAUAUAUUAUACCCAAACUCAAUGAACUGCUGGAUUGGGCUAAUAUAAUGGCGUACGACUAUCACGGGGGCUUUGAUGACUACUUGGGACACAACGCCCCCCUCUAUAGCCGACCCGACGAGACCGAGGAGUUGGAGAGGAAAUUGCAUCAGAAUUACAGGACAUUUAAUGUCGACUAUACUAUCAAUUAUUAUGUGGCACACGGACUCAGCAAGGAUAAGAUGAUUAUGGGAGUGCCCUUCUAUGGCAGGGCCUGGACUCUCAUGAAUGCCUCUCAGAACCAUCUCCACGACGAGGCGAGGGGUAUGUCACCGGCGGGUUAUAUAUCUCAUGAGGAGGGAGUGUUUGGCUAUAAUGAGAUGUGUCAAAUGAUAAUUCAAAACCCGUCGCAAUGGGGGCACUCGUACGACAAGGACUAUAGGGCUCCCUAUUCGUGGACUAAAGAUAUAUUCGUUGGAUAUGAUAAUGUGGACAGUAUUCAGUGCAAAAUAGCAUUUUUGAAAGGAAAGGGACUGAAGGGGGCUAUGGUUUGGUCGCUUGAAAACGACGACUUUAAGGGUCGGAGGGAAAUACCCGCUCCUCACAAAAGUCUAUUCAAUGCUCAACGGAGACGAAAAGACUUCAAUGGAAUGCAAAUACGGAGAUCUGUUCCCAACUACUCCCCGGCCAACCACUACCACCACAACCACUACUACAACAACUACGACCACUACGCCGGCCCCCACAACCACGACCAGACCCACGACUACCACCAGACCCACGACUACCACCAGACCCACGACUACCACCAGACCCACGACUACCACUAG